ACACACACCGACACCUUGUGUCUGUUCGCUCUGGCGGCUCCGGUUCUUUCGGUUUACUGACGUGAGCGCGCUGCAUGAUCGGUGUUGGUGAGGUUUAACGUCACCGGUAACCAGCUAACGACAACAACGACAGACUGUGUAGCGUUAACGGACUGCACCGCAAACACACACAGCCGUCGGUGCGUGGCGGCAGAACGGAGGUCUGUUUGCGUGAACUGCCUGGAUGAUUAUUGAUUAUUGAUGACUUAACCUGCCUCUUCUGGUUGAACCAGCGUUACACUAUGCCACGUGACCCGUUUGACUCUGCGACCGGACUCGGACUCACAGCCAGAUCCCGUCACCCCCUGUCUGUUCAGGUGUAAGUCCGUUUCCCCUCACCUGAGCUCAGCGUUGACCCUGCACACGUCACCAUGAGCUCAGUGUAACCUAAGCCUCAGCAGGAAGCAGUCAUCAUGCUGUGACGUGGUGACCUCGCUGGCUCUGUGACCAGGAGGAGGAGAAGAUGGCGGCUGAACUUUUCUCCACCAGCCUCCCUCACGGUAACGAGGUGGAGGUGAAAAAGAGUUUCAUCCACCCGAGUGAACCGGAGCCGCCGGCUGGUAACCACGACGACGGAGACGAAGAUCAGCCGGACAUCGCCGACGACGACAGAGAGGAGAGAGACGGCUGGCCGGAAACACAGCCCACGCUCAGAGAGAGAAACGCUCUGAUGUUCAACAACGAGCAGAUGGCUGAUGUUCACUUCAUCGUCGGCCCUCCAGGAGAAACUCAGAGAGUUCCCGCUCAUAAGUACGUCCUGGCGGUGGGCAGCUCGGUGUUUGGAGCCAUGUUUUACGGAGAUCUGGCUGAGGGACAAUCUGAGAUCAAGAUCCCCGACGUGGAGCCGGCUGCUUUCCUCAUUCUGUUAAAGUACAUGUACAGUGAUGAGAUCGAGGUGGAGGCUGACACUGUGCUCGCCACGCUCUACGCUGCUAAGAAGUACAUCGUUCCUGCUCUGGCGAAGGCCUGCGUCACCUUCCUGGAGACGAGUCUGGAGGCGAGGAACGCCUGCGUUCUGUUGUCUCAGAGCCGGCUGUUUGAGGAGCCGGAGCUGACGCAGCGCUGCUGGGAGGUGAUCGACGCUCAGGCCGAGCUCGCUCUGCGAUCUGAAGGCUUCUCUGAGAUCGACCUGCCCACGCUGGAGAUCAUCCUGCAGAGAGAAUCGCUCAACAUACGUGAGGUUGUGAUCUUCCAGGCAGUGCUGAGCUGGGCAGCAGCUGAGUGUCGACGUCAGGGACUGGCGGUGACCCCCAGGAACCAGCGGGUGGUGUUGGGUAAAGCGCUGUACCUGGUCCGGAUCCCCUCCAUGACGCUGCAGGAUUUUGCAGAUGGAGCGGCGCAGUCGGACGUCCUGACGCUAAAAGAGACUCAUGACAUCUUCCUGUGGUUUACUGCCUCCAACAAACCCAGACUGGAGUUCCCUCUGGUGAAGCGGGCUGGCCUGGCGCCACAGAAGUGCCACCGCUUCCAGUCCUCGGCCUACCGUAGCAACCAGUGGCGCUACAGGGGGCGCUGCGACAGCAUCCAGUUCGCAGUGGACCGGAGGAUCUUCAUGGCCGGGCUCGGUCUGUAUGGGUCGAGCUGCGGGAAGGCCGAAUACAGCGUGAAGAUUGAACUGAAGAGGCAGGGAACCGCUCUGGCCCAGAACCUCACCAAGUUUCUGUCAGAUGGAUCGAGCAGCACCUUCCCUGUGUGGUUUGAACACCCGGUCCAGGUGGAACAGGACACCUUCUACACGGUGAGCGCCGUCCUGGACGGAAACGAGCUGAGUUACUUUGGUCAAGAGGGGAUGACUGAGGUGCAGUGUGGGAAAGUGACCUUCCAGUUCCAGUGUUCGUCAGACAGUACAAACGGGACUGGCGUGCAGGGGGGGCAGAUCCCCGAACUGGUCUUCUACUGCUGAACCAGAACCUGAUGGACUCAAGGACUCAACACACUUUAAUCAGCCAGAAAACAUGUCAGAGAGAAGUCAUAGUGAGCAAUGAGCUGCAGAGACAGGAGCGCUGAUUCUGACAGACGGACCGCUGCAGUGAACUGGAAGCUGAUUGGACUGUCGGUGUGGAUCUGGAAGCUGAUUUGUUUGUGCUUCUUAAAAGAAAUAAUGACUGAACAUUAAAGUUUAAGUGACUGAAACUAAAA